AAGAUAUUCGGCUCCCCCGUUGUCUCGCUCGAAACGCACUCAGUUAUCCGAGAUAUGCCGCUAUUCAGCAGCAGUGAACACACAUCCGUUCACUGAUGGUGAUUCGAAAUUCCGUUGCGUCGUCGAGUUAGUUGCCACGAGAUAUAUCAAAAUGUUGGCCCACUGUGAUAUUUUUCACUUCAAAGUACUUAUAUUCGCGUGUUUGCUGACACAUUUUCCAAACAGUAUAGCAGAAGGAGUUGAAGACGGCGCAGUGUCACUUACAUAUGAUAAUAUUGACAAAAUAUUAGCUGAAAAUGAACUGGUAUUUAUCAACUUCUAUGCACAAUGGUGUCGUUUCAGCGCCAUGUUAGGUCCAAUAUUUGAUACGGCGGCGGAUAAAGUUAGACAAGAAUUUCCACAGUCAGGAAGAGUAGUAAUGGGCAAAGUGGAUUGUGACAAAGAAUCAUCUGUAGCAUCUAGGUUUCACAUAACCAAAUAUCCAACAUUAAAAGUAAUAAGAAAUGGACAACCAUCCAAGAGAGAAUACAGAGGCCAAAGAUCAGUAGAAGCGUUUCAAGAAUUUGUUAGAAAACAGCUCGAAGAUCCCAUUAGAGAAUUUUUUGAUUUGAGAGAACUUAGUGAACUUGAUGAUAAGAAACGUAUGAUCAUAGGAUAUUUUGAUAGAAAAGAUGUACCGCAAUACGAAUUGUUCAGAAAGGUGGCUACAAACUUGAAGGAUGAUUGCCAAUUUCAUGUUGGUUUUGGCACGUGCUCCAAUCAAAACUGCGAAAUUGGACAACAUUUUCAUUUGUUGAACGCAAGCCAAGCACUGCAUCCUCCGGGAGAGCCUAUCAUUGUCUUCCGAUCGGAUAAAGCUUUAUCGAAUGACGAAGACGAAACUUAUAAAGGAAGUUUGACCAUUUAUGAUGAAUUGAAUGUGUGGGCGCAAGAAAAAUGUGUGCCACUUGUCAGAGAAAUAACAUUUGAGAACGCCGAAGAAUUAACCGAAGAAGGACUGCCGUUUCUCAUACUAUUCCAUGCUCCUGAUGAUCUAGAAAGUGUCAAGCAGUACAAAGAUAUCGUAACUAGAACAUUGAUUAGUGAAAAACAAAAUGUUAAUUUUUUAACUGCUGAUGGCCAAAAAUUCGCGCAUCCGUUACAUCAUUUAGGAAAAGAUGUGUCAGAUUUACCCUUGAUUGCCAUAGACAGUUUUAGACACAUGUAUUUAUUUAAGAAUUUCAAUGACAUUUUCAUAGAAGGCAAACUCAAGGCCUUUCUGCAGGAUUUGUAUUCUGGGAAGCUUCAUCGUGAAUUUCAUUACGGUCCUGAAGUGUCUAAUGAUGAUGUACCAGUUACUGGAAAAGAAGUAAAAACGCCUACAAAACCGCCAGAAUCUCAGUUCAAAAAACUGGCACCAAGCAGGAAUAGAUACACAAUAGUUAAGGAUGAACUGUAAGAUUAAAUAAGAUGAUAUCGGAGCGAUCGAUAUAUUCAGUGAGGUUUUCACAAUUAAUUUAUAUACGCAAUUUAGUAAAUUUGUAAAAAUGUGGUUCAUUUCGGGAAACUUGUUGUUUUUUUCUCCACAAUUUAUCUUCUUUCCGUAUUUUUUAAAAGGAUUUUAUGUUUACAUGUUAUUUAGAAAAAAAAUUUAUUUCAAAUUAAAUACUUAUACAAAUUAAUAAUUAUACAUGAUUUUCACAUCCAUAAAGUAUAUAGUAACAAUGAGAAUAUAGCAAUUCAAUUUUAUAAAAACUUAUAUUUUACAUAAAAUAUUUUACAAUUAUUAUAUAUAAAAACAAAAUUAUUUAUUCUGAUAAAAUAUUCUUGGUUUUCUUUUUAUACGCGAAUAUCUCAGCAAACACUAUAUGUUGGCAACAAAUUGCUGCCUUUUUAACGAGAAUUAUUUAUUUUCGACAAAUGUUUCUAAGGAUGUGAAUUGUCGAAAGCAGUUUUAGGUCCGUAUUCAUAGUGAUUCACAACCUGAAAAUCGGGUUGAACUAGAGCAUUAAGGUUAGAAGCAAUUAUUCCAUAAUUGAAGACCGCAGGAGAAGAACUUGAUAAGUUACGUUUCCGUAAUUUUAGAGAAGAACGAUUUCCGAAAGUUCAAAGCGUACGUCUUUUCUCUGUACACGUUUUGUGAAAAUCCUUUAUACCUCGGAAUCUAUCAAGAAUUUUUCCCUUUUGCUUUGGAUAAUUGAAAUACAUACUCCAUUUUAAUUACAAAAUAACACGAAAAACAGAAAAAAAAAAUGGACUUAUCAAGAGUUUAUUCUUCUCUUGUAGUCUUCAAUUGUGUAUGAAAUAUAAUUCAAAACCGAUUCUCAAGUUAAAUCCGAACUAUGAAUAUAUAUCUUAAAUGGACUAUAAAUGUUCAUUUAUUUUACCGGUGUCAAUAAUUACAUAACAGAUUUUGUAUAUUAUAAAGCAGUUAAACAAUAUAGUUGCUGUUAAUUUCUAUAUAACUCCAACGUAGGUGAGAUAAUUUUGUAUAUAAAAAAACCUUAAGUUACAUUGUCCCUUUUCCAUCUUCUCUUACACUUAAAACAAAAAAAAAAAAAAAACAAAAACAAAAAAAAACAAUUUAGCA